UAUGUCUGACAUGCCUGGAGACAAUGCAGAAAUCCUUGUCGAUAUGAUGGCAAGAUCUGCUGUAGUAAACAUAUUCAGAUGUUUAUAUAAGGAUUUCAUUCCUAAAUGUAUAAAAGACUCAAAUGAUUUCUCCGCAACUAUAUACCAAUCACUUAGUGAUUUGGUAGAUGAUGCUAACGCAUGGUUACGUACUGAAAACAUGUAUAGGGUAACGGGUUGCGAAAGUAUUGGAGCAACUCUGCCAAAUGCAUCAUACAAUAUUGGAACAACAGUUAAUCCAGACUACUGUAAACUUCUCGUUCAAGGUGACGAAGAUAAAAAGAAGUAUCCAACCUGUAAAAUAGUUAAUUGUUUACGCAUCUACUAUCGAUUCAAGGAUGAAAAUGAAUCGGAAAUACCAAGUCAAAUAGGAUAUUAUAACUUAGUUCCAAAGUUAAAGCUAUCUUUAUUAUGGUCGAACAAAACACCGGAGAAUAUAACUGAAGCUAUAAAACGAUUUAAUACAACUUCGAAAAGUGAACUGAUUCCAGGAAAAAUUCUAAAUAUGGAAACCCAAGUUGCCUACAUAGAUACUAUCGAUACAAACUAUGAUGGCGUAGCAUUUGAGGAAAGUGAAAAAAGUAAAUUUCGUCCAAAGAAUAGCUUUAUAAGGAUAUUUUACGAAAAUGUUGAAUGUCCAAAAGAGCAAAUUGGAUGUAAAGAUUUUGUACCGAAACGAAUUAAAAAUGAUUUUUUAUUUGGAAAUCACAUUUACGAGAACUUUUCACAAACUAUGGAAAAAGUAUCGAAAUGGGUUAGUUCGCAAUUGAAUAUACGUGUGAUAAACGUACAAACGCUUUUCGUUGAAUAUGAUAAAGUUGGAAGUACUGAUAUAAAUGAUAAUACGCAAAAUAUCCAAUCAAAAUAUUGUACACUUUUUUAUGUUCAAGUAAUUAGAGUCUAUUAUACUACUCUAACGACGCCUCUUGAAACGCCAAUAUCUCUGACUUAUAGAGUGUUCAUACCUUGCUGUGUAAAAAAAUCAUUGGAUAUGGAUGAAUACGAACGUUUUGAAACGUUGUAUAACAGAGAAAUUUUACCAUUUAUUCGCUAUAAUUUGGCCGUUGGUAUAAUAAAUAUAGAAAUGGUACCAAUCUACAUAUCUUCUUCUGAAGAUGGUGAAACCAUGUCUUCUAAAAAUAGGAAAAGUUUAACAUUAGUGAAAUACGUUAGAAUAUAUUUUGACGGUCGAAUUCAAGAACCUCCAAUUGGCUAUUAUGAAAUACCAACUCCCCUACCACCAACUCCCCUACCACCAACUCCCUCACCAUCACCUCCACCGCUAUCAACUACCCCAUCACAAGCUCCACCACCAUCAACUCCAUUACAAACUCUGCCAACAACGUCACCAUCCCCUAAGCCAGCAUUACCAAAAUCUACAGUAUCUAAAACAUGCGUAAUUACAUAAUUAAUUCUUUAUCCUUUUCUUUUCAUCUUCAUUUUGUUUGUAAACUCUUUAUGAAUGUAUUCAAUUAAUACAAUAUGAUUUAAUUAAAUGCAUCUUCUGCUCUAUUUGUUUGCAACUAUAAAGCUAACUUAUCUCUAUUAUUAGUCCUAUUAAAUAACAUUUAGAGAAAAUUCUGAAUAAGAAAUAAUAGGAAAAACCUAUGGUAUGAUAUAGUUGGUGGAGAAGUGAACAUAUUACAUUUAGACUAUGAGAGUCUGCAAUAAGAGUACUUGACUCUUCUAUUGUCUUUUUGAAGAAACAUCAAAAAUAAGAUUAACGCUUAUUGAUCAAUUGUAAUAGAUCAAAGGAGAUAAAGGAUAUUUUAUCUUAAUAUUAACUUAAGUGUAAAUGUCAUAAAUUAUGACAGAUAACGUAAAAG